UGCCUAUGCCGAGGUCAAAUGUUGCUUUCAGUUAGUCCUCGUCUGCAUCUUGUGCAGUCAUGUCGACUAUUUGUCUUUUGAUCUGAGGCACCCCUAGGAUUUCUAGUGUUCUCUGGUCAAAGCCAGAGUACAGGAUCUACCAGCAUUUCACGGCUCUUCCCUCGACAUUUCAAGCAUUUAUCGGUCGAGCCGCGGAUUCCGCAGCAGCAAGCAUGGCUGUGACGAAGAGGGCAACGGUCUUCUGGAGAGUACCUCUUCUGGUUGCUUUUCUGGCGGUCUUCCUCAGUGCUGUACUCGUAUCUGGUGAAGGAAGUGGCUCAGAACCGCCAACCGAUGAUGGUGAGGACUCAUUCAAAACGAGCUCGGCCCCAACACCCAUGGCGUUUACAACGGGAAGCUCACCGCCGACAGCAGUGACUCCAGCUUCAUUGACUUCUGCCUUUGCUACAGUAAACGAGACGAAACCAACUGACGGUGCUAAAGACAAUGGAACGGGCCCAAUCAGCUUUACACAAACCAGCACAGCGCCGACGAGCUUUAAGCAAACCAGCACAGCGCCGACGAGCUUUAAGCAAACCAGCAUAGCGCCGGCGAGCUUUAAGCAAACCAGCACAGCGCCGACGAGCUUUAAGCAAACCAGCACAACGCCGACGAGCACAGCAUUUACAACUGGGAGUGAUGUACACUCAACCAACCUUCACACAGGCUCUGCUCCUACACCAGCAUCUAUGACAAGUGCCGACAAGUCAACCGACGUUACCAAAGCGUCCAUACUCCCUACACCUACGGGCUUUUCAACAGGAACACCAGGACAGACAACUGAGCUCUCCACAUCGAACACGGCAGCAGUAGUUACCUCUGGGUUUGCUACAGGAAGUGAAACAGAACCAACCGACGUUUUCAAAACUAACACAAUCCCAACGGACACAGAGUUUGUAACCGGUAGCCAAACACAACCCACCACUCCGCUGACAGGCACUGCUCCUACCCCUGCAUCACCAGGAACGCUUGCACCCCCACCGCCGCCAACAUCUCUUCCUGACUGUCCAAAGAUGCAGUACCACAAUGGAACAGCAUGUGUGAGCUGCGAAUGCGCUAGUGCUAGGACCGACUACUGUGAUGAGGCAAAGGGCGUUUGCUCAUGUCUGGAAGGCUAUUCCGGCAAGUCAUGUCAAGAAUGCGACGUGCCAGCCGGUUAUCUUCCAAGCAGCAAUCAGACGUGCCAGUUUUGUCCGAAAUGCUCCGUCAACGGUACAGCCACCUGCACUGAAACGGCUGGGAUGGGCUCCAGUAAGAUCGUCACUUGUCAAUGCCGAAGCAACUGGGAGGGUGCGACUUGCAACACGUGCAGCAACUUGACCUAUCGUGGCAUAUCCCAUUCGAACGACACCAGCUUCGCCAGUGUGGAUUGUUUGCCAUGCUUGUGUGAUCCAAAAGGAGCAGCAUCAUGCAAUGUAGCGAAUGGAGAUUGUACUUGUCGACCGGGAUAUACUGGAGGAGAAUGCCAGAGAUGUGCAUCAUUCUACUACCCCAACAAAGCACAGCAUUGUGUAAAAUGUAACUGCACUACUCACGGUACACUGAGCUGUCAACAGGACACCGGCAUCUGCCAUUGUGCAGCAGGCUUUCAGGGUGCAGACUGCUCUCAGUGCUCGCAACAGUACCACCGGUCGAUGGAUGGUCGGUGUCAGCCAUGCAAUUGCUCUUGGAGUGGGUCUGUCGGCUGCAAUAGCACCACUGGACAGUGCCUGUGCUCCUCAGGAUGGACGGGAAAACAGUGUGAAACGUGUCCUCAGUUUUAUUUCAUCAGCAGGAACACAAACAUCAGCGGAAAUGCGACUGGGCUGUCAAAUUGCACUGCUUCUUCUUUGGGUGAUUGCAAUGCCGCAAACUUUGACCACAUGAUGAACGUCACUGACUUGUUACCACCACUGGUCUGUAAUGAUUCCAUAGCAGAAUGCAACUUCACUGCUACUGGUCUUGUUGCCAAUGGACUGCAAUGCACUGCGUGCCAGUGCCACAGAGCUGGCUCGAUUGGUUGUGCUCCGUUGACGGGGGUAUGCUUGUGUAUGCCAGGCUUUGCUGGACCCAGGUGUGACAGAUGCCUCGAUUUUCACUACCAUUCCACCAACGCGUCGGUGUGCGAACGCUGCAAUUGCCCUUCGAGUGGCUCUGUGUCCUGUAAUGCCACGAGUGGGCAGUGUAACUGCCGGCCGAAUCACCAUGGCGAGCGAUGCACCAACUGUACAAACCGGCACUACCUUAAUGACCAUGGGUUCUGUGUGGCCUGUAACUGCAGCAUUGACGGAAGCGUAGGAUGUGAUCCUCUAUCCGGGUCUUGCUCCUGUGGACCAAACUGGUUUGGACCACAUUGUGAUAUCUGCCCACAUCUCCACUACACUACAUCGAACAAGAGCGUGUCAGUACCAAUGUCAGGCACUGGUACACUAGUGAACAUGACAAUGCAUGCUUUGAACUGUGUUCCCUGCGCUUGUCAUCAGAAUGGCUCGGCUGGAUGCGACAGGUGGAAUGGAUCCUGCCAUUGCCACACGUCCGUGACUGGCAGUGACUGCUCGGUGUGCGCAAUGGGACACUUCCAGAACUCCACUCUGCCUCACUGUGACCGCUGCGACUGUCAUCGCAAUGGUAGUGUUGGCUGCGACCAGCGUAAUGGGAAUUGUAUAUGCCGUAACCAGACGACCGGUAGCAAGUGUGACAUGUGCAAGCCCUGGUUUUACUCACCCUUGCCACACAUACUAGAUUGUCAGCCAUGCAAUUGCUCCACACCAGGCAGUGCAUUUUGCAAUCGAACCACUGGGCAGUGUGGUUGUCACCGUACCUGGACUGGGAAGCGGUGCGAUCAAUGUCCUCAUCUGCACUACCUCGGUACUGUGAACAAAGGCGACGACCCAUCUUGCAUUCCUUGUGAUUGCUCGGCUGAUGGCACAUUGUCUUGCAGUAACAAUGGUCAGUGCCAUUGUCGCACUAAUGUUUCUGGUGAUAGAUGCGAUCGGUGUGCAGCUGGUAACUACCGCACAAACAAUAGCCUUAGCUCGUGCACCGACUGCGGCUGCAACCCCAAUGGUGCAUCAGGCUGCGACUGGUUAACGGGCCAAUGCAAUUGCACCAGUGGGUACAUAGGCCACCAAUGCUCAUCCUGCAGGCACUGGCACUUCCUAAGCUCCUCCGCCAACCCUCCUGUUUGUUCUCCGUGUGCGUGCGACACUGUGGGCAGUGCAUCGUGCAGCAAUCUCACUGGAUCAUGUACUUGUCGGCCGUACAUCGCUGGAGCUCUUUGUGAUAGGUGUAGCACACCUGGUACCAAGGUGCAGUCGCUGGAAAACUGUGAUGACUGCCAAUGUGUCAGCAAUGGCACGCAGAGCUGUAAUAUGAAAACCGGUGUGUGCAUGUGCCGUCCGCAUGUCUCCGGUCUGUACUGUGGGCAGUGCAGCGCUUUCGCGUUCACAACGUCCUCACUGGACAGUUGCCAAGCGUGCUCGUGCGACAAGGGAAAGAGCCUGUCUUGCGGUAACACCACUGGCACCUGUGCGUGCCGUCCUGGCGCGGUGGGUGCACAUUGCAGCUCUUGUGCAGCAGGCUACUACAGUAACUCCUCGGGUCCAUGCCAGCAGUGUGAUUGUCAUCCAGUGGGUGCCGUCAGCUGCAAUAACGACACUGGUGCCUGCAUUUGUCAACCUAACGUAGAUGGAAGUCAUUGCGACCGAUGCACCCACCUCUACUACCCAGCACCUAACGCCAAUAAAGCCCAAGCUCUGGCCCAGUGUACUCCGUGCAUGUGUGACCCGGUCGGAUCACUGUCUUGCAAUGCGUCGGGCACAUGCAAGUGCCACCACAACGUUGUUGGUUCAAGCUGUGACAGGUGUGCUCCAUUUCACUUCAGAAACAUUACCCUCACCCACUGCUCGCCCUGUAACUGCGACCAGAGUGGAUCUAGUUCUUGCACGGAGGAGACCGGCCUAUGUAACUGCCGUCCGCACGCUACCGGUGAUCGUUGUCAGACGUGUGUGCAGGGCUACUACAAGAAUAGCAAGACAGGUCUCUGUGUACCGUGCACUUGUGAUGCUCUGGCUAGUACGUCGUGUGAUCCUGAAACUGGUAACUGCAUGUGUCGUCAGGAUGCGGCUGGGAAGAACUGCAGCGCUUGCAGUCCGAGCUACUACCGACCCAGCAAGUUGCAGACAUGUCAGCGGUGUGCAUGCAACACUGACGGCACACAGUUCUGCGACGGCCUGACCGGGAAAUGCAUCUGCAAGGCGAACAUUACAGGUGUGCUUUGUGAUCGCUGUGCCUUGUUCUUCUACCGAGCUGGAGGUAGCGUGGCCAACUGUUCACUGUGCCAAUGUCAUCAGGCUGGCUCACUCUCUUGCAAUGAGCAAAGCGGUGCAUGCAAGUGCAGGCCAUCUGUAGUCGGAACGCACUGUGAUCGAUGCCAGUCAUUCCAUUAUCAACUUCCCUCACUGGAGAACUGUGUCAGCUGUUCAUGCUUUCCUGCCGGCACUGUGUCAUGUAAUCAGACUAAUGGUGUGUGCAACUGUAGGGACAAUGUCAAUGGCACAACAUGCAAUCAGUGUGAUUCGGGGUAUUUUGCUAUGCCCACUGUUGCUUCCUGUUCCAAAUGUCUGUGCAAUGCUGUUGGUACACAGCGUUGUGAUCCACGGAAUGGCAAAUGUCAUUGUCGGUCGAAUGUAGCAGGCAGCCAAUGCUCUUCCUGUGCUCCUGGAUAUUUCCAAAAUACAACUCUAGACAAUUGCGUGCGGUGCCAGUGCGACCCCUCUGGAUCUCUCGGUUGUAAUCAGGAGAGUGGGGAGUGCAUAUGUCGGCCAAAUGUCGGUGGAAGUCGCUGCGACAGCUGCAUAGCCCUUUCCUAUCCCAAUCCAAGCAUUGCUCAGUGUAAACCGUGCUUGUGCCAUCCGAUUGGUAGCAGCAGUUGCACUGCGACAGGCCACUGUGUCUGCCGGCCUAACGUCACUGGUUCCUUUUGUCAUUCCUGUGCACCUGGCUAUUACUCUAAUCCAACACUGGCCCAGUGCACUGUGUGCGCGUGCGAUUCAUCACGCACUAAACGCUGUAAUCCAGGCACGGGCCAAUGCGCGUGCAUACCGAAUGCCCAGGGUUCAACGUGCAGUUCAUGCAGAGCGGGUUUCUACUACAAUAAUGUCACACGGUCCUGUGUCAGCUGCUCAUGUAAUCCACUUGGCACUGCAUCCUGCAACUCGGUCACUGGUGAAUGUGUGUGUCAUAGUAAUGUUGCCGGCUCGUCAUGCAGCGUUUGCGCAAAGGGCUACCACAGGCAAGGCCAACUGCCUAACUGUGUGAAGUGUGCGUGUAACGUGAACGGCACGGACAUCUGCAACCCGUUCACGGGUGCCUGCCAGUGCAAGGCGAAUGUCCUCGGGCCUGUUUGUGACUCGUGUCCGCACAACUUCUACAUGCCAUCCGGUCCGGGUUCGUGUAGAGAGUGCGCCUGCAACCUUCUUGGCACGGCCCAGUGUGCAGGCAGUGAUGGAACAUGUCAGUGCAACUCCAAUGUGAUCGGCGCUAACUGCACGCAAUGCCGAGUGAACUACUUCCAGAAGCCCAGUCUGCUGAAUUGUGCACCAUGCUUAUGUGAGCCAACCGGCACAGAAAGUUGCAACCGUGUAACGGGAACAUGCACCUGCAAGACCGAUGUGGCUGGGCUCAGGUGCAAUCGCUGCAAAGCAAAGUUCUUCCGCAAUCCAACAUUGGCUAACUGUACAGCUUGCGGCUGCAAUGUUCAGGGCUCGAACAGAGUACAAUGCGACGAGUCAUCUGGCCAGUGCACAUGCCGAGCAGGUGUAACAGAUCGAACCUGCAAUCGCUGUCAGGAGGGUUACUUCUGGCCAAAUUCAUCCCUCUCCUGCUGUGGUAGCUGCACGACAACGCCAGGAACUCCUUGUCAAGCAUGCAGGUGCAGCGCUGGAGCAGUCAACCAGUCAUGCAAUGCAACAGGACAGUGUCUAUGCAGGGACGGACACUCCGGUCUCAAGUGUAACCAGUGUGCUAAACAAUCCUGGAUUUUCCUCGAGGAGUCCGGCUGCGCAGAUCCAUCCAACGUUUUUUACCCGUUCGGUCCUAAUGUCACGGAUCAGGAGAUGUCAUCCUCAUCCAAUGGGUCCCAAGUGAAGUUCAGGGUGUUGAACUUGCCGUUUGGCAUUCCUAUUGGCACAACAUUGUUCCGCUAUCCCUCUGUUGGCAUCUCAAGUGCUGGAUAUUUGACAUUUUCAAGGCCUGCUCCUUUCAACCCACCAAUAUCCUUUCCUGAAGGACAGCCUAUCAUCUCACCUUACUGGUCCAUAACGGAUCUCCGCUGUCGUGGCAGAGUCUAUUACCAGAUCCACACGUCGGGCAGUGUUGUCGAUCGAGCCAACAGCGAUGUGAGAGCACUCGGGAAUGCUACUGACUCGUCCUUUUCUGCUCGCUGGGUGUUGGUUGUCACGUGGGUGGACGUGCAUGCGUUUCCAGACCGAGGCAAUGCCCCUGCACUUGGUGCGAAUUCCUUCCAGGCGGUUGUCACCACCGAUGGGUGCGUGAGCUACAGCAUGUUCCAUUACUUGAACGGCUCCAUCGUGUGGUCUGGACGGUUCAACAUCCAUGCGCGCAUGGGCUACACGGAUGGAUCCGGCGUAUACACGUACUCACACCCUGACUCUAGCACACCGGCCGUGAAGACCGUGGACCUAUCAAGCAACAUCAACACCACCUACAAUGGCAAGUGGAUGUGGAGAAUCACGGGGCCUUGCUCCGGCACAUUCCUGGCGCAGCGCAAAUGCUUGAAAUGGGCUGACGACGACGCUAUACUGUAUCCUGAAGUAGGGGACUACUCCGAAGCAGCCCAGCCUUGUCCACCCUCUUUCAGACAGGCCAUAUCUGAUCAGCAGUUCACGCUCUUCCGUAAUUACAAAGAGCAGCGCUUUUGUGUCCGGCAAAGAUUCUCCAGCAGAUUUUCCGGCAAACGGAUCUAUAGUAUCUGCUGUUAUGAUCGGAAGUUUCAGGGUGCUCUUAACAUCGGACCUCCUAAUGGUGGCUUUGUCACCUUUCCCAAUCAUCCACACUCGGUUGCAUUUGAAAUGGGCGAUGAGGACAAACGCCAGCUAUGCUGCGAGCAAGCAUUCAUUUGUGAUGUCUUUUACAUGCGACGGCCAUCAGACACUGGAUCCAGAUACGUUCCUCCACGCUGGACUUGGGUGUUUGGCGAUCCUCACUUCCGGAGUCUCGAUGGAAAGUCGUA